AAAUUUUGAAAAGGAAAAACAAGUCGUGGGCUUUAAUUGUCGUGGACGACGACACUUGAAAAUUGAAAUAUAUAUCUCUCUCACCAUACCCGAUCGAUCGAUCCAGAUCUCUCUCUCUCUCAAGCUCUCUCAUUCGCUCCCUCCAGGAUUUGCAAGGAUGGGGCUUUCUUUCACCAAGCUGUUCAGUCGUCUGUUUGCUAAGAAAGAGAUGCGCAUACUCAUGGUGGGUCUCGAUGCAGCUGGUAAAACAACAAUUCUCUAUAAGCUCAAGCUAGGAGAGAUUGUAACCACAAUUCCCACCAUCGGAUUCAAUGUGGAGACAGUGGAAUACAAGAACAUCAGCUUUACUGUUUGGGAUGUUGGGGGUCAGGACAAGAUCCGUCCUCUCUGGAGACAUUACUUUCAGAAUACUCAGGGGCUCAUCUUUGUUGUUGAUAGUAAUGAUCGAGAUCGUGUGGUUGAAGCAAGGGAUGAACUGCACAGAAUGCUGAAUGAGGAUGAGUUGAGAGAUGCCGUGCUACUUGUUUUUGCAAACAAACAAGAUCUCCCCAAUGCAAUGAAUGCUGCUGAGAUUACCGAUAAACUCGGGCUUCACUCCCUCCGUCAGCGCCACUGGUAUAUCCAAAGCACUUGUGCCACCUCGGGUGAAGGUUUGUAUGAGGGGCUAGACUGGCUCUCAAACAACAUUGCUAACAAGGCAUAGUCACCCCACUCAAGUUUGCAUAGUCCUGAAAUUCAGCUUAGAAGUAUCUUUACUGCUUUGUUCAGAGAUUUGUACCAUGUUAAUGUUGAUCUCUUUUUACAUUCUGCCCGUGGUCUCUUUUCCGGAUUUUGUGAAUUUCUUACUGUAGCCUCAGAUUAUUUGAUAUUCUCAUUUGCCUUGAUAUGAAUUUGAAUUACAAUCAA